AUAAAAGAGAGGAAACAAAAGGUCGCCAUGUGCGCCACCAGUGCCUGGGACCUGGAGGAGAUCCCCCUGGACGAUGACGACCCAAACAGCUUAGAAUUCAAAAUCCUGGCGUUCUACGCCAAACACCACGUCUUCAAGAACCCGCCGGCUGCCUCCUCCCCAAGGCCGCCGAGAACCAGAAGUUUGUCCCAGAGAGGACUAGGGAGUUGGCCAGCAAACGACUCGUGGACACAAGUGUCAUGGGCUUGGAGAACUUCCCCAUCCCCUGAGCAGGCCACAAACCUGGGCAAGAAAAAGUCGUCUUGGAGAGCACUCUUUGGAGUGGUAGAGAAGGAGGAAAAUGAACAGAGCCUGCCUACGGCCCGCUUGGAGGGUCAGGCGAUACCAGAGCUUCACGGUCCCAGUCAUUCAAGGGCUAGGUCCCUUUCUAACAUGGGACAGCACAGAGAGCAUGAAGAUGGAGAGGAGCAAAUAAUAGCCCAAAUCGUCGAGCUGCUGAAAUAUUCAGGGGAUCAGUUGGAAAGAGAGUUAAAGAAAGACAAGGCUUUAAUGAACAGCUUCCAGGACCAGCUGUGCUACCCUGUUUUCAAGAUCAUCACAGACCAGUUCCUAAGGGGUGUGGACACCAGGGGAGAAUCAGAGGUCAGAGCUCAGGGCUUUAAGGCUGCUCUUGCAAUAGACGUCACGGCCAAGCUCACUGCUAUCGACAAUCACCCUAUGAACAGGGUGCUGGGCUUUGGAACCAAGUACCUAAAAGACAACUUCUCCCCCUGGGUCCAGCAGCACGGUGGAUGGGAAAAAGUGCUUGGGAUAUCACAUGAAGAAGUAGACUGA